AUGGCUCCCUCGGAACCAUCAACACAAUCUCCUCCUCCCCUCAGCACAACUGAUGAUGAGCCCGCUGCCCCAACGGAAAGCGAACCACUACUUGGAGGACCAGGCGACGCUCUUCAAAAGCCAGACGCUCCUAUCUUCUUGAACCUCGUUCUUGGAACAGCCUGGCUCUCCCAACUUGGCGCUCUCCUCCUUCUCAUAGCCACCUGGUCGGCCGUCUUCCUCCACAAGCUCGGCGCUCUCAUCUCUCCACACCCAUUGCUCCAAUCCCUCGGCACCUUCCUCCUCAUCCAAGCGAUUCUAGUUCUCCAACCAACCUCCACCCCCGACGCCAAACGCCUCGGCCAGCGCAUCCACGCCUCCCUCCACCUCCUCUCCUUCCUCUGCUUUGUUUCGGGAAUUACCAUCAUCGAAACAAACAAACACGUCAACCACCUCGCCCACUUACACUCUCUGCACGCCUACCUGGGCGUGAUCACUGGCACUUUGCUGUUAGCCCAGUACGUGUUUGGUAUUUGUAUCUGGGCUGUCCCCGCCGUGCUGGGAGGGGAAGAGAAGGCUAAAAGUCUGUGGAGGUAUCAUCGGUACGCUGGUUACGGACUGUUGGUGUUGGUGCUGGCUACCGUGGCCGCGGCGGCGGAUACCGAUUAUAGUCGGAAUGUGCUGAAGAUCAAGGGGUGGACAUUCGGAUUGGGGAUUGCACUGGUUGUGGUGGGAGUUUAUCCGAGGGUGCAGUUGCGGAAAUUGGGGAUCAAUACUGCUAGGCAGGAGGCCACACGUGCUGUUUAA